AUGCCAGAGCCCAAUUCAGAGUUUAAUAAGCAGUACAAGUAUGAAGAAAUGUCGAAUAUGGUGUUGCGAGAUGAUCGUAAUCGCCGAAGAGAUGACAAGGAUGAUUCCAAUCCAGUUUCAUUAGCGGGCCAUAUAUCUGCUAAAGAUAUGGGUACGAGAGUUUCCCAAACCAAUUCGUCCGAUAAACCAGUGAUAAAGGAAAGCAACGUAGCCAAACAAUCAAAUUCUAAUAGGUAUUCAUAUACAGGGACUUUGGAGAAUAUUUCAUAUCAUCCUACAAAUGAAGAGACCGCUCAUAUAUUUGAUUUAAUAAUGGUGGAAAUCCACAAUUUCUUGCCUGAUUCUAGUCAUGAUGUUAUAAUAUCGGCUGCAGAUUCAGUAUUAGAAAUAUUGAAACAAGAAGAUACUUCUCCUGCUGAAAAGCGGAAAGAAAUUACAGACUUAUUGGAUACAAAAAUCAAUGACUUUGAAUUUAAUGGAUUAAUUAAUUUAGCGAAGAGAGUUACUGAUUACGACGUACAAAUGAUAGAAGAUAUGGAUGAUGAAGAUAAUAAUCAAGGAAUUGCGGUUAUAUUCGAUAAUAGUGAUGAGGAAGAGAAUGAUGGAAUAGAACAUAGCGUGGGGGAUGAGGUUGAAGAUGAACCUCAACGAGAAACCAGCGAAGAAGCCGAAAAUGGCCUCAAUGAUGAGGCAGUAAUAAAAUCCAAUGAUAAAACUUCAAGCAAGGAAGCCGUUGUAGUUCCAUUACAUGAGAUUGAUCAAUUUUAUCUUCAAAGAAAGAUCUCAUCCAACUUGACAGAUUCCGAUCCUUCUAUUAUACAACAAGUCACUAACAAGUUCAUGCAAUUUUUAUCAUCUUAUGAAUUAUCAACAAGAGAAUUAGAAAAUGAACUAAUGGAAUUAAUGAACUACGAACACUUCGAUCUCAUAAAAUUUUCUAUAGAAAACCGUUGGAGAUUAGUAUUUAAGAUAAAAUUACUAGAAAAUGAAAGCGAGGAAUCUAAGCAGAAGAUAUUCGAGGACAUGGCAGAGCUAAAACUUGAUUCUUUGAUUUUGGAGUUUGAAAAUCAAAACGAAGACACAAUACCAGGUAAGAAGAGAAAACUAUCUCACGACGAUGGCGGUGAGUCUAAUAAAAAAACUAAGAAAAGCAUAAUAAAACCUAAAAGAGAACCUAAGAUUGUCGAUUUAGACUCAAUGAGUUUCGAUCAAGGAUCACAUUUAAUGACUAAUACAAAAAUUAAACUUCCCCAAGGUUCGUAUCAACAAAACAAGAAACUAUACGACGUGAUUAGCAUUCCACCUCCUUCACCACCUCCAUCAUUAGAAGAAAGUAACGAAAAACUUGUAUCCAUUUCUGAUUUACCCGAGUGGACUAGAUGUGUUUUCCCUUCAUCUGAAACUUCUUCCUUAAAUCGUAUACAAUCCAAAAUAUUUCCUCUGGCUUUUAAUACAGACGAGAAUUUGUUGAUUUGUGCUCCAACAGGGGCUGGUAAGACUAACGUUGCGAUGCUCACUAUUUUAAGAGCUAUUCAUAAUUACAGAGAUCCUGAAACUGGACAAUUGGAUCUUCGAAACUUCAAAAUUGUUUAUAUUGCCCCAUUAAAGGCCUUGGUGCAAGAGCAAAUGAGAGAGUUUCAAAGACGUUUGACUGCAAACUUUGGAAUAAUUGUUAAUGAGUUGACUGGUGAUUCAAGUUUAUCUAAGCAACAAAUAAGCGAAACUCAAGUAUUAGUUACUACCCCAGAAAAGUGGGAUGUUAUUACUAGAAAAAGCUCUGACUUGUCUUACACGAACUUGACAAGAUUAAUUAUUAUUGAUGAAAUUCAUUUGUUACAUGACGAAAGAGGACCUGUUUUGGAAAGUAUAAUUAGUAGAACAUUACGACAGGUUGAAUACACUAACGAUCCUGUGAGAUUGGUUGGCCUUUCAGCUACAUUGCCUAAUUAUGAAGAUGUAGCAAAUCUUUUAAGAGUUGACUUUAAAAUGGGACUUUUUUAUUUUGACUCUUCAUAUAGACCAUGUCCAUUAGAACAGCAGUUCAUUGGGAUAAAAGAAAAGAAGGCAAUUAAGAAAUUAAAUGCAAUGAAUGAAGCUUGUUACGAUAAAUUGCUAGACUGUGCUAAUAAUAAACACCAAAUGAUUAUAUUUGUUCAUUCAAGAAAAGAUACAUAUAAAACUGCAAAAUGGUUACAUGAAAAGUUAGUUCAAGAAGAUAAAUUAGAUAUGAUUUUAAAACAGGAUUCUGGUUCUCGGGAAAUCUUGAAACUGGAGGCGGAAGAAAUGGAUAAUAGAAGUUUGAAGGAAAUCGUGCCCGCCGGUUUUGGUAUACAUCAUGCCGGUUUGAACAAGCGUGAGAGAAGUGUUGUUGAAGACUUGUUUGCACAGGGCCACUUGCAGGUCUUAGUAUCUACGGCUACAUUGGCAUGGGGUGUCAAUUUACCAGCACAUACGGUUGUUAUUAAAGGCACAGAAACAUAUAGUCCUGAAAGAGGUACAUGGGUUCAAUUAUCUCCUCAAGAUAUAUUGCAAAUGCUUGGUAGAGCUGGUAGACCCAGGUAUGAUAAAAGUGGUGAAGGUGUAAUUAUUACUUCCCAAGAUGAAAUUCAGUACUAUCUUGCUAUAUUGAAUCAACAGCUUCCUAUCGAGUCUCAGCUUAUGAGUAAAUUAGCUGAUAAUCUUAAUGCAGAAAUUGUACUAGGAACAAUAAAGUCUAGAGAGGAUGCUGUAAACUGGUUAGGUUAUACAUACUUGUAUAUCAGAAUGCUUCGUUCUCCUGCAUUAUAUCACGUUGGUGCCGACUACAAAGAUGACGAAAGUCUUUAUUGGAAAAGAGUUGAUUUGGUUCACUCUGCUUUAACAAUCUUGCAUGAGAAUAGAUUACUUAUAUAUAAUCUGGAAAAUGGAGACAUAAAAUCUACAGAAUUGGGGAAGAUAUCAUCUCAUUAUUAUAUUAAUUAUGAGACUAUUAAUAUGUACAAUAAUCAGUUGAAGCCAUGGCUGACAGAGAUAGAUAUUUUGAAGAUUUUUUCGAUGUCUGGCGAAUUUAAAUUCAUUCCUGUUAGACAAGAAGAAAAAAUAGAGGUGGCUAAAUUAUUGGAAAAGUGUCCGUUUCCAAUUAGAGAAAAUCCAAAUGAUCCUUUGGCUAAGGUUAAUGUUCUACUUCAAGCAUACAUCUCCAGAUUAACACUAGAUGGCUUUGCGUUGAUGGCUGAUAUGAUAUAUAUCACACAAUCUGGUGGAAGGCUUUUGAGAGCUAUUCACGAAAUAACCUUACGAAAAAAUUGGUCGACAUUGUCGAAGGUUACCCUAAACUUAUGUAAGAUGGUAGAGAAAAGAAUGUGGUUAACAAAUUCUCCAUUUAGACAAUUUGGAUCGCUAGUACCAAGAGAAAUUGUAAAGGCUAGUGAAAACUCACACUUACCAUGGGUCAGUUAUUUUAACCUUAAUGCCUCUGAGCUUGCAGAAGCUAUCAAUUUCAAAGGCAAUAGCCAGAAAGCUUAUGAGUUGUUACGUCAAUUUCCAAAGGUCACGCUCAGCACAUAUGCACAACCUAUAACAGCUAGUUUGCUUAGGGUCCAGCUUGAAAUUAUUCCUGAUUGGAAGUGGAAUCCAAGUAUCCAUGGGAAUUUUGAACUGUUCUGGCUAUUGGUCGAAGAUUGUAAUGGUGAAAAUAUCCUAUUUUCAGACAACUUGCGUAUUUAUAGAAACUAUGCUGAGAAAGAACAUUUAGUUGAAUUCACAAUACCAAUCCUUGAUCCCGUCGAGCCGGUUUAUUUCAUUACUCUUAUAAGUGAAAGAUGGUUGCAUUCUGAAUGGAGAGUUCCAUUGGUGAUUACCGACAUGAAAAUGCCAAAGAAAUUCCCUCCAUUUACCGAUUUAUUAGAUUUACAAAGUAUCCCAACUUCUUCAUUGAAGAUACCCAAAUUUAUUGAAACAUUUGAAUUUAACUAUUUCAAUAAAUUUCAAUCACAGGUUUUCCAAACUUUAUUCAACUCGAAUGAAAAUGUUUUUAUUGGUAUGUCGAAAGGUUCCGGAAAAACUGUAUGCGCUGAAUUAGCCAUUUUGAAUCACUGGAAGCAAAAUAAGGGUAGGAUUGUUUACGUCAAUCCUACACAGGAAGUUGUCGAUAUGCAGCUAAAAUCUUGGAGGAAAAGAUAUUCCAAAAUAACGGAACCCAGCAAAAUAAUAAAUAAAUUAACCGGCGAUCUCGCUACAGAUAUUAGUUUAUUAUCAUCAAGCCAUUUGGUUCUAGCGACUCCUGAUCAAUUUGAAUUUGUAUCAAGACGUUGGAGACAAAGAAAAUCUGUUCAAGCAAUUGAAUUACUUAUAUGCGACGAUGCUCACAUGGUUGGUAAUGGUUCGAGAGGUAUUGCCUAUGAAAUUCUUGUUGCACGUAUGAGGCUCAUUUCUACUCAGGUAGAUAAUAGUUUAAGAAUAAUAGCUAUGUCGAACUCUUUGUCAAAUGGUAGAGAUUUUGGAGAAUGGAUUGGAUGCAAUAAGCAAAACGUGUUUAAUUUUGAUCCUUCGAAUAGGUUUAACAAAAUCAAAGAAAUUAGACUUCAGGCCUCUAACUUCAAUGAUCACGAAUCUUUCAUGCAGUCGUUAAUUAGACCUUCGUAUCAAUUCUUGAAAGAUAAUACUAAUCAAGGUAAAGCGAUUGUAUUUGUGUCAGCGAGAAAGCAGUGUAUCGAGAUGGCUUUUAAAUAUAUUCAACACUCAAAUAACGACAAUUGGCUGUUGUUAAGAACAGAUUUAGAAGUAAUUGAACCUUACUUGAAAAGAAUAACCGAUAGGAAUUUAAUAGAGUGUCUUUCCCAUGGUAUUGGGGUUUACUAUAAUAAUAUGAAUCAGAUGGAUAAAUUAAUCAUUGAAAAGCUAUUUAGUAACAAUAUUUUAAGUGUAUUAAUUGCAUCAAAAGAUACAUCUUAUUAUUGUCCUUCAGCAAAUAAUAUUGUUGUCCUUGGUACACAAGAAUUCGAAGGAAAGGAACAUCGUCUCAUUGAUUACUCAAUCAACAAUAUAUUAGAAAUGGUGGGAUGCUGCAAAGAUGAUACUAAUGAAGCCAAAGCAUUAAUAUUCACUAAUUCGGCAAAAUUGACGUAUUACAACAAGUUUUUGAAUGAAGCUUUACCAAUUGAGAGUUUUUUGAACGUUUCUUUACAUGAUGCCUUUAUUACAGAGAUUAGUACGAGAACUUUUAAAACAAGACAGGAUUGUAUUGAUUGGUUGACGUUUACUUACUUUUAUAGAAGGAUUUUAGCAAACCCUAGCUUUUACGAUGUUAAGGACACAUCUCAUUUCGGUGUUUCAGAGUUUUUGUCAGAGUUGGUUGAAAGCACAUUGAAGGAAUUAGAAGAAGCUAAGAUAAUUGAAAUUGAAGAAUCUGAAGACAGCGAAGAAUCCGAAGAAGAAGAAGAAGAAGAAAUUGUUCCAUUAAAUGGAGCAAUGAUCUCCGCUUAUUACAAUGUUUCGUUUAACACGAUAAAAGAAUUCAAUAGAUUAGGAAACAAAACAAAAUUGAAGGGUAUUCUUGAGAUUAUCACUUCAGCCUCAGAAUUUGAUGUAUUACCAAUAAGGCAAAACGAAGAGGCAAUAUUGAGUAAACUCCAUAACAAGGUGCCAGUUAAAGCCUCAGAUGUUGACUACGAGUCGCCAUAUUUCAAAGCAUUCUUACUCUUGCAAGCACAUUUUUCAAGAAUUCCGUUGCCGCUAGAUUUAGCCAAUGACCAAAAGUUUGUAUUAGAAAAUAUCCUAAAGAUAUUAUAUGCGUGUAUCGAUACCUUGUCCAGUGAAGGAUACUUGAAUGCUAUUCAUGCUAUGGACUUAUCUCAAAUGAUCGUGCAGGCUGUUUGGAAUAGAGAUAGUCCUUUAAAACAAGUUCCCCAUUUUGACCAAGCAAUUUUGAAUAGGUGCAAAAAAGGUGAGGUUGAGACUGUCUAUGAUAUUAUGUCUUUAGAAGACGAUGAAAGAAAUGAUAUAUUAAGAUUGGAAGAUGAAAAGUUGAAUAAGGUGGCGGAGUUUGUUAACAAAUACCCUAAUAUUGAUAUCAGCUACGAAUUAGAUUUAUCUGAAACAAUUAAAUCUAACGAACCUAAAGAAAUUAUUAUAAAAUUGGAAAGAGAUGAAGAUAUGGACGACUUAAAUGUUGUUGCUCCCUUUUAUCCAUUCCCUAAGAAAGAGUCAUGGUGGAUUAUUAUCGGUGAUGCAAGCUCUAGGCAAUUGUAUGCUAUCAAAAAAGCAACUAUUGAUAAAGAGUCUCAACACUUGAAGAUGGAAUUUACUAUUCCAAAUGCUGGUCAUCAUAACUUAUCGAUUUGGUGCAUGUGUGAUUCGUAUAUUGACGCUGACAAAGAAACGUCUCUUGAAAUAGAUGUUGAAGAGGGCAAGGAAGACGAUGACGAAGCUGAAGAUGAAUAA